AUGGCUGACUUAGAAGCCUACUUUCCAUUCUUACUUACAUGCCUUGUAUUUACGGUCUUCCUCUGGGCGUUUUUGAAACCUAGUCGUCCUAAAUCUCAUAUUCCGCCAACCCCAUUUGCGCUUCCAAUCAUAGGACAUCUCCACCUUCUAUUUCCAAUCCCACAUAAAGGUUUUUACAAGCUUUCGUCUCGUUAUGGGCCCAUUUUUCGUGUCUUUUUGGGGUCUAAACCUGGUAUUGUUGUUUCAUCACCAGAAGUAGCGAAAGAAUUCCUUAAAACACAUGAACAUGUGUUUUUAGAUAGAGCUAGUACCUCGACCGCAGAUUACAUUAGUUAUGGGUCAAAAGACUUGGUGUUUACUCCUUAUGGACCCUAUUGGAAGUUCAUGAGAAAGAUAGUUAUGUCAAAGCUACUAAAUGGAAAAACACUUGACAUGCUUAGUUCAGUUAGGUACCAAGAAAUUACCCGCUUUAUACAUUUAAUAUCAAAAAAAACCAAAGUUGGGGAGGCAGUGGAUCUUGGCAAGGAGCUGAUGAAGUUGACUAACAACGUGAUAUCAAUAAUGCUUAUGGGUGAAAGAUGUAUGGACAUGGAGGAGGGUGUGGACGAUGUGAUGAAAUUGGUUGCUGAUAUGGUUCAAGCAGCCGGUAACUUUAACCUUUCGGAUUACAUAUGGUUGUUUGAGAGUUUAGACUUGCAGGGAUUAGGGAAAAAGGUAAAGAAGCUUCGGGCAAGAUUUGAUGUAAUGAUAGAGAGGAUCAUAAAAGAGCAUGAAGAGGCAAGAAAGCACGGUGGAGUAGAAGUGAAAGACUUGCUUCACAUUUUACUCGAUAUACAACAAGAUGAGAGCAUGGAGAUAAAGCUGAGCAGAGAAAACAUCAAAGCCUUCAUCCUGGACAUAUUUCUUGCCGGGACAGAAACUACAGCAAGUACCAUAGAAUGGGGUUUAUCAGAACUAAUCAAUCAUCCAAAUAUCAUGAAAAAGGCACUUGAAGAAAUCCAUCAAGUUGUUGGUGAAAAUAGACUUCUAGAAGAAUCGGACAUACAAAACCUUCCUUACCUCCAGGCAAUCGUGAAAGAAACAUUACGUCUCCAUCCAGUUGCCCCGGUGCUAGCAAGAGAAUCAACGGAAGACUCCAUGGUAGCUGGUUACCACAUUCCAGCAAGAACUCAUAUUUUUGUCAAUGUGUGGGCCCUUGGUAGAGACCCAAACCAUUGGGAAAACCCACAUGAAUUCCGGCCGGAAAGAUUCCAAGAAAAAGAAAAGGAGUUAGAUGUGAGAGGGCAACACUUUCCGAUGUUACCAUUUGGUAGUGGGAGGAGGAUGUGUCCCGGGAUAUCACUUGCACAGUUUAUGGUACACACAACGCUUGGUGCAAUGAUUCAAUGCUUCGACUGGAAGGCAGGGAAAGACGGAAAUAUGCCAAGUGUUGAUAUGGAGGAGGGAUUUGGGCUCACACUUGUUAGAGCUAACCAUUUGGUAUGUCUCCCGGUGGCUCGUCUUGAUCCAAUCCCCAUUUCUAUGUAACAGUU